AUGAUCAUCAAGUUCAUCUUCCGGCCACCAUUGCAAAAGAGGCUUGUUGAGAUUGCUGAAGACUUGCACUCGAGAGGGGUGCAGGCUGCUGCGCUGCAGGGUGCCUGCUGGAAACACGCCACGCCACGUUCAGAAUGGACAGUUUACAGCAGAGAGGGCCGGCCAAUCUACUUCUGCUUCUCUUGGAGUAAAGCCGGGAGUGAUACGCAUGGUGGCGUUCUGCUUUUGCUUCAGGUGGAGAGAUUUGACAAGCAGAAGUUCACCGAGCGCUAUGAUCCAGUGAAGUGUUGUGCUGGCAGGAUUGGCGGUGUUCGAUAUGUGGAUCGUAGAGCUGAGGGCCCACAGGAUCACACCUUCAUCACUGCUUAUGCCCCGCAGGAAACAGCGAGCGAUGAAGACAAACAGGCCUUCUUCACAGAGCUUCAGACUUUGGUGCAAACCCUGCCUCGGCGCACAGCAGUGUGGAUGAUGGGAGAUUUCAACGCGCAUGUGGGGCCCGAUUCGCAGCACCGCAGUGUCGGACGCCAGGAUGCUGAGCCCACGAAUGACAACGGGCUGCUCUUGGGGCACAUGUGCGACAGUCUUGGGCUCUGCCUGGUGAACACUUUCCACGCAGCGGGAAGUACAUGGUGGUCGGCUGAUCAACUGACUGAACACAGAAUUGACUACAUCGCAAUGCGACGGGCUUUUCAACGCAAAGUGAAACGCUGCAGGGUCAGCAAGCUGCUAGGGCGCAGAUGGCAAACAACACCAAUUGCUGACCACUGGCCGCUGGAGCUAGCGGUAGGUCUGCAGGCCGCCUGGGCUAAACCGCGUCCGAAACAUGCCGUGCUUCAGUGGAACAGGCACGCCAUCCUCCGUGCUGCUACGGAUCCAACGCUCUACAUGCCCUUUCUUCAGGACGUUUCGGAGGCGCUGCUGCAACAUUCUCUCACAGAUUCUGGACAGAGUGCUCAGGAAGGAUGGAGCGGGAUCAGUGCCUCCCUGCACGGUGUUGCUGUGAAGCAUUUCUGCAUGCAGCCGGACCAACGCAACCCAAAGAUCCUCCCGCAGACUUUUGUGCAGCUCCAGCGACGCCGCGAAGUCAUGUACAUGUACCUGGAGGAGAAGCAGCAGCUUGCGGCCGCGUGUAGUCAGCAGCGUCGUUUCUGGCUCUUGCGUGUAAGCUUCAGGGCGUGGCAGCUUCAAAGGCUCAUGGCGCAAACUCAAAAAGCUGUGCGGGAUGAUGUGAAGGCCUGGGAGCGCGUGUUGGAGGACAAACUGCAGUCUGCUGUUGAUAAGAACAACAGUCGUGAAGCAUGGAGCCUGUGCCGUCAGCUUGCGGGCCGGCAUUUCAAGAAGCUUGGAGCCCGCGCGCCGCCCUCUGCCAAGCCUAUCCCCAAGACAUCCUGGGUUCAGCACUUUCGAGCAGUUCAGAAUGCAACGGAAUGUAUUGAAGCCACUGCUCGAACCCCUGAUCAACCUCAGCUCUUCAGUCCGCUUUUCCGAGGCGAGGAAGGCUGCCGAAAACUUGCAGACGCAGCGCGCAAGAUGCCGCGCGACAGAGCCACGCCCAGCGGCGCCUUACCCAUCGAGCUCUGGAGCAUCAUUUUGCAGCCUCCUGAUCGAGCUAUGUUGCCUCCAGGACACUUGCUUAUGCCUCAACUUGAGCGUUUGCAAGAAAUGGGUCAGAAUCCUGCUGAAUGGUGCGUUGGCCAUGGUUGCGCCGUCCCAAAACCGGGUGGUGAACCCACGCCAGCUGGGAUGCGUGUGAUCAACCUGCUCGAUCCCAUGGGGAAGGCGUUCUUCAAAGCCACCUUGGAUGCCCACGCUGACCAGAGAGCAGAGCAUCAGUAUGGCUACGCAAGAAGAUGCUCUCGCCGUGACGCCAUCCUUCAAAUCACCACGCUUCUUGAACGGCUCUACAAGGGCCGCCUCUGCACUGCAGCGAAUCUCUACGAUUUGACCAAAGCAUUCGACAUGAUUAGCUCCCACAGCGUGGUGCGCGACCUUCGGAACAAUCAGCCGUUCCAUGAAUGUUCUCUGGCAAUGCUUGAAGACAUGCAGGGACGACUUCGCAUCCGCAUGCCUUUGGCGACUGGUGGGAGUUUUUGUGUUUUGCUCAAAGAUGGAGUUUUGCAGGGUGGAGGCACUGGACCACGGCUUUUCAGGAGAGUGUACGACAAGGUUGUGGGUGACUGGAGGGAUGUGCCACCUUUGGACAGUUACACUUGCGUUCGUUACAGUGGACGCACCUUGGACAUCUCGACGGCCUCGUACGCAGAUGAUUUGAUCCGUGUCGAAGCGGCUCAAACAGCAGCGGAGGUUGAAGCUACAACACUCGACAAAACUCAGCAGUUGAAGCAGUCUUUACAGCCGCACAGACUCCAACUGAACAUGAAGAAGUGCGAGUCUCUUGUGAGUGUGCGCGGCAAAGGUGCGUACGUUUCGGCUAGACGCUUGUACGGAGGUGCUUGGAUGGGACCUCCCCUGAAAGACUCUGUGAAAUAUCUAGGGGCGCACUUGCAAGCGCAGCCCUCUUGCAAACUUGAGGUUUCCAAGCGCAUAGCUGCUGCAAGAUCUGCAUUUGCGAAUGUUCGCCAAGUUCUUCCGGAGAUCUACAGUGCCCCACCAACGCAAGAUCAUGGUCUUUCGAGCCGUCGUGAACGAGGAUAUGGCAAGGUUACCACUGAGCAGGUCGCAGUUUCUGUUCCGAUUUCCUUGCUGAGACGAGUCUGUGGAUUGGCUGAGGUUGCUACUGAGCUUCGCGCCCGAAGGUUGCUAUGGCUCAGGAGCUCCCUGCUCGCAGAGCGAGAUGGCGAAGUUCGAUUGGAAUUGGCUGCGAUUUUCGGGGUUUUUCCAUGGCAAGCCACAGCACCAAUCAACGAAGUUGGGCAGCUCACUCCUGCUGCUCCAGCGUUUCUGUCAAUCCUAGACUGCGACCUUCGUGCCCUGCUACCGAGUUGGAAAGGCUUUGUGGCAGGAUGGAAGGAGAACUUUUUGCAGACAGCAGAGUCCAGCAUUCGAGACAUGAGGGGGUUCUCAGUGAUGCCAGACGCUGACGAGGAGUUGACAGACCAACAAUGGCUGGCUGGAGUGUGGGCUCAAGUCACGCGUCAUCUGCUAGCGCCUCAGUCCUUCCCGGCAGUGUGGAUGGCAAUGCUGUCGUUCAUGGCAGACGUGCAAGAGCCCAGCCCAACAGUUGCGGCUCCACUCAAACAGCAGCGUCCAGACGCGAAGCAUUCCGGGGGACAAGGUGGCAAAGGGUCCAUGGAAGAGCAGGUGACACAGUUGGCCAAGCAGCUCAAAGCAGUGGUGAAGAUCGUAGGGCAGCACGACAAGGACCUCCGCGAGCUCGAAGCCUGGAGCUGCCACACCUUUUUGCUGCCCAAAGAGACCGACUUGUCCAAGGCCCUCUUGGCAUCCAUGGCGGCGUGGAAAGCUCGGAUUCCAGACAAGGGCCCUCAUCCUCUGGGUGCUCCUCGCUGGACGGUCGCUGGGACAGUGGCGCAAGAGCUGUUGAAAAAUGAGGAGCAUCAUGAGAGGCUUGCCCGCUUCAAGGCGUUUCAUGGCAAGCUUACCUCACUCCCAGACAUGGAGCAAUCCAUUCAGCUGGCAAUGGCUCGCGAGACUCGUGACGGACAUGUUUUGCUCAAACUUCGUCCGCAGGCUUUGGCGCAGGCUGAGUGGACAGAAGCCGUCGCCCUCCUUACCGAACUGAUUUCCCAACAGGGAGGUGAGAAGAAAAGUGGUGCAGCGCCGCCGGGCUCGCUUGUACGACAGCUUGGCGCGAAGCCGGAAUCUUCCUGA